AUGUCUUCGACGAGCAUCCUGCUUGGGUCCACUGAGCCUCUCUUUUAUCAAAAUAUUGUUUCAGUAUGAGAAAAAGCUCAUUUUUUUUUUAAUUUUAACUGGAAAUCACAGCUUACAAAUCUGGCCGGACUGGCCGCUUAUCCCUGUCCCCCCGUUGGUCACUGGUGUAUCCCAAGAUGGAGGGCAGAGGCGGGAGGGCCUGACGCCUGGCCCGCGUGGGAGCGAGUGGGGUUCGGGACGCCGGGAGCGGCCGGGGGACAGCGCCAUGCCUCACAAGAAGAAAAAGCCCUUCAUAGAGAAGAAGAAAGCAGUAACAUUUCACUUAGUGCACCGAAGUCAGAGGGAUCCUCUUGCUGCUGAUGAUACUGCACCCCAGAGAGUUCUGCUGCCCACACAGAAAGGGCAUGAGGAGCAAAGAAGGGAAGAGCAGCGCAAGUAUGGUGUCUUCUUUGAUGAUGACUAUGACUAUUUGCAGCACCUCAAAGAAGCCUCUGGUCCCUCUGAGCUUGUCCCAUCUGUGCGUGGACAGCAAAGCAGAAUUGUCAUCACAAGUGAGGGGCACAUAGAGGAUGAAAUUCAGAGAAUUUCAGCUCCAUCCAUUAAGUUGCCUUCCUCAGUAUUUGCCACAGAGUUUGAAGAGGAUGUGGGCUUGUUAAAUAAAGCUGCUCCUGUUUCAGGACCACGGCUGGAUUUUGACCCAGAUAUUGUUGCAGCUCUUGAUGAUGAUUUUGACUUUGACAAUCCAGAAAAUAUCCUGGAAGAUGAUUUUGUUCUACAAGCAAAUAAACCACAGAAGCGGGGACCAGAUGCUGAGGAUGAAGAUGAAUGGGAAGAUAUGGAAGAUGAUAGUGAUGAAAAGGAUAGCUGCAGUACUGAUAAAGACUAUGAUUCAGAAGGUCCUUUGUCAGAUGGUGAGGUUAAUGGACAGACAAAAGAAUUCCUUUUUAUGCAAGAAGAAACCAGGAGUCGUUUCACGGAAUAUUCUAUGACAUCUUCAGUAAUAAGACGGAAUGAGCAGUUAACCCUGUUGGAUGACAGAUUUGAGAAGUUUUAUGAACAAUUUGAUGAAGAUGAGAUUGGAGCCUUAGAUAAUGUAGAGUUAGAAGGCUACAUUAACACAGACAAUGUUCGGCUGCAGGAAGUCCUGGAUGAUUACUACAAAGAGAAAGCAAAGAAUUGUGUGAAAUUGGAUGCUCUUGAACCUGAUGAAGAUUUGGACUCUCUUGCAAACGAAGAAAGUGAGGAGGAAAAGGAAGAAAUAGUAACUGUAGUUAUUGAGGAGCCAAAAGAAAAGUGGGAUUGUGAAUCCAUUUUGAGUACCUAUUCAAACUUAUAUAAUCACCCAACACUUAUUAAGGAGCCAUCAAAGCCCAAACCAAUAAAAAUUUCUCAGAAGACUGGAAUUCCCCUACACAUCCUGCCUCAGAAAGGUCUCACUGCUAAGCAGGUGGAACGCAUGCAAAUGAUAAACGGCAGUGACCUGCCAAAAGCAUCAACACAGCCUCGUUCCAAAGCUGAAAGCAAAGAGGAUCGCAAAGCCAGAAAACAGGCGAUAAAAGAGGAGCGAAAGGAACGCAGAAUGGAGAAGAAAGCCAACAAGCUGGCCUUCAAACAGGAGAAAACAAGACAAGAGAAAGAGUUGCUCAAUCUGAAACAAAAUGUGCAAGGUCUGAAGCUGUCCUAAUGAAACUGAGAAACUUACUGUGGAAAUAUCCCUAAUUUUUCAUUUGUGUUGAGAAGGGAUCUUCUAACUCACACCUUUGCCAGUCCUCUCAAAGGGGGUUCAAAUCUCACUGUAGCAAGACCCAGUAACUUGUAAUUUUUUCUGAAGUGAAAUUCUAUAUAAAAUAAUGUAUUGGUGAUAUCUGUUCUGUCAUGAGUGACAUGACAAUUGCUGCAAAGUUUCAUUACAUUAGAAAUUUAUUAAAAUUGCAAAUAUUUUUCUUACAAGUUAUCACUGAAUAGUUAUAUAUAUAUUUGUUGAAUGUAUUCAAUGAAUCAGCAGAAUCCUACAGAUAUGGUCUGGUUAGAUUCUUCUAUUAAAUUAUUUCAGUUUACAAAACAGUAUUUUCGUUUUCUCUCAUACUGAUGGUUGAAUAUAGUUCCUUGCUAUGAUACAGUUUUGUAAGUCAAGGAGUUUAUACCCACUCCUUCUUGGUUCUUUUUUUUGGGUAGAUUAUUUAUUGUUUUGGUACUAUGAUGGGAGCCUUUUGUAAACAAAGGUGUCUGAAAAGCUGUUCUGCAGCCAGACAUUGCUGUUACCUAACCCGAGUUUUAUAUUUCCAUAAAAUCUGUCACAAGGAGUGUUGCAGUUACAGUAGUUAGUGACCCUUAAUGUUGCCAUUGGAAUUGGCUUUGCUGGAAGUACUCAGUCGGAGUAGGAUGGCAAACAAACAGCGGAUACUUGGACAAAAAGUGUGUGUUGCAGAUAGUCACCGUCUUAGUGUUUCUGGAGUACUCUUCCUCCGGUCUUGUGUUAAACUUGGUUUAAUUGGAAUACAAACUUAAUAUCCACUACUAUUGUUAUAAAAACUUCCUAAAGAUGAGCUGAGGGCCAAUAUCUGUAGGUUUGGUGUGAACUUAAAUGUUUAUACUGUGAACAUGAAUUUUUUUGAUAGUGACUGGUCCUUAACAUUAAUGAAAUUAAUAGGAUUUGUAGUCAGCCCUGAAUCCUGUAUUCAUAAGAGAACCCUCAGGUUUAUGUCUGUAUGUUACAGACAGAGCAAUCUUCUGCCUUUAUGUGAAAAGUUAACCUUUUUACUGGGAGGGACAUGGUAACGAACACAUCACUGGAGUAGCCUGACUACUGGUGAAUUCAAAGCAUCUUCAAUAUUCCUUCAAUAGUUUUGUGAAUACUAGAUGGAGACAAGCUAACAGGCACUCAUGAAGUCUUUUAAUGUACAGAAAAUUCAAAACAUUUGUUUUUAUUGGAAGAAGGCUUUUGAAUAUAUUUUAAUUGGUAAAUUAACGUGAUUUUGGAGAAGGGAAUAAAGAGGUAUUUGAAUCUGCAAGUCUUGAUCACUGCUCAGAAAGGUAAAGUACCAAUACAGUAUACACAUCUAGAUUAAGCCUUCAUUUUCUAUAAUUGUCUGUUAACAGAAUUAAUAGAAAUAACCUGUAAGAUUAAAAAAAGUUUCAGCAUUUUCCUUUAGCUGUACUAGUUUUCAUGUGUUUGACAAGCUUAAGCAGGAUCUGCCUGUGUCAUAAUUGCUAAUUGUGUAAUCACUGAUUCUGUGGUAACUGGAACACUGACCACCCAGUACUCAUGACUCCUGAGAGCAAAACAGAAAAGGAGAUCUGAGAACCAAGUCUAUUGAGCCAACUGUGAUGUCAUUGUGAAAGCACAUACCUAAGCAGUCAUGUGGAAAACCAGAAUGCUGCCUGUCAUAGCAAAGGAGAGCUUGUGCUUUGUUGGAACAGGAUAAAUGAGGAGGGAGUUCUGCAAAAGGGAACCCUGGUAUGCAACAGGAAAGUUGGAUUUGAUAAUUCUUGGGUCCUUUCCAGUUCAGGAUAUUCUGUAAUUCUAUGGAGAUGUCCCUUUCUGACAAUGAAGUACUGUUCCAGCAAGAGCCUUGUCCAGGUGCCGACUCUGCCGCAGUCAUGACAUCCUGUGCUGUGUAACCGAGUCUCUUGCAUGUUUUGCAUUUUGCACAGCUGCCUGAAGUCAAGGUCUGGCUCCUUCUACAACCCAAGGAAAACACUUUGCAUUUUUGUGCUGAUCCAGUGUUCCAAGGAAGCCUUCAACAGGAAGUGCAAGCCCUUCAGCAUUUUGAGACAGAGACUAUAGGCAAGAGAAACCACCACUGUGAAGAAGCAGCCCCUGCAAAGGGUAUAGUUAAAACUGAAAUAGAGCCCAAAACUCCCCAUUCUCUCCUGAAGUUCCAGGUGUCCCUGCUGCACCCCUGAAGCCAGUUAAGGACACUUGGGCUGCUUUUGUAAAAGGCACUGGACAUGGAGGAAGGGUCUGAGAACAUCAAGGUUUACUGAGGCUCCACAACAGAGGGACAUGGAGUUUUAUGGAAAACAGGCUGUCAGCCAUGCUGCAAUCUCCACCAGACAGGCUUUGAGACCUCUUCAGAAACACUGAAGAAAACAGGAAAAUCUAUGAGUGUAUCUGCUGUGAAAAGUUCCUCAGGAAAGUUUGGCCCCAUCCCAAGCAGGCAGCGACUGUGCUCUGUUGUACCAGACAUCUCGAGAGGAUUUGUUACUCGAUAGUGCAAACCUCUCCAGCAGAUCUCGGGCACUUACAAUGUGCUUCCAUUGUCCAAGUGUGGAAGAUGCCAGUGUGUGUGGAAGAUUCCAAGUGUGGAAGAUGCCAUUUCAGUAACAACUAUGCCAGGAUGACAGUAUGGAGGUCCUUCCUUCUCCUUAACAUUUCAUUUCCCAGACCAUGAUGUUUGGUGGUCCUGCUCCUCAGACCAUGCAGUCACUGGGGUUCCCAUCUCUGGACAUGCCAAGACAUGUCAGAGCAGCAAGAAGCCCUUCCAGCCCCUGUUUAAGGUGGUUGUGGUGCUGUUGCUCAAGAGGAUGGGUCAGAUGGUCAGCAUCUUGCAUCCCUCUGAAAUGUAUACAACAGCAAAACAUGAGUCCUUAGCAGGAAAUAUGGCCAAGAAUGAUUCCCAGUAGCUGGCAAGGUAUUUUGAGCCUGGGAGAGAUGCUUGUGAGAGUCCUUGGAGCAUGGGAUGAAAAGGAAUGUGCACAAAACAGUCAGUUGUAGGGACUCACAGUCAAAGUUGUUGCAGGGUUCUUCUGUGUGCAGUUUUACUGUCCUUGGUUGCUGCUGGUCAGUGGCUGGAUUGCUCAGCUGCAGGGAAGACUGCAAUGGGCAUGGGAGUGUCCAGUCCACAGUGGCAUUAUCAGCUCCACCCACCUCCUUGACUUUGCCAGCUACAGCACCCAGUGGUGUCAUCUGUGUUACCUGGGACUGUUUUAACAGCGUAGUAAUUCCUGUGGUUACCACACAGGGUCUUGCAGACGACCAACAGGGAUUUAUUUUCAAGGUUUAGCCACUGAAUUCUGAAAUCUGGGGCUUGACACCUCCUUUCCCUAAGGAUACUGCCUAGUCCAGGAUCACUGGGGUUGUAGUUGCAGCCAGUUUGCAGAGUCUUGGGACAGCCACUGCCCCCAGCAGAUCCCUGGGACAGACAUCCACACUCACAUUUGAAACAGAGGACAGUGGAACUGUGAAAAAGACUGGUCGAGGUGAGCUUGCAGGUGCUGGGUGUUGGCAACUGCUGCUGCCUUUUCUGUAAAACUUGAGCUUUGCGAAGUUCUUUACAGAGCACUUUGGGCAAAUGAGAAGUCAGUUUCAGUGCUACCCACGAGCAUUUUUUAGCUGAGAAAGGAGAUGUGAGAAACUGGCUUUGAGUGGUGCAAAUGAAUGGUCUCAUCCUUAAUGUGCCUGGAAAUGGUUUCCAGGAUGAGCUGCUCCAUCACCUUCCCAUGAAUACAGGUUUAAUCUUCUUGGAGAAAAUAGAGUAAAAUAUAAAAGCUCUUUCUAUAAUAAUAAAAAGUAUAUGGCUUGUUGCUGCUUUUAGACCACAAGCGGACAACAAAAGAAAAGAGUGAUUGGCUGGCAAGGAUGUGUUAAGGUUUUCUGCUGACACAUUAUGGAAGAUCUUAAGCAACCCAAUUUUUCAGUACCACUUUCCCCUGAAAUGCUACAGCUACCAAUAAAAUAAGCAAAAUGCAA